AUGUCAAGAGACGGCGACCGGGGGGUAGGAGGUACCCACGGUACCGGACGGAUGCAACCCAGGAUCCAAGGUAUCCGCAGUCAAGUGUGGUACACUCAUGUACCUCGCUCUCUCUCUUGCUUCCUCGGUAUCUACUCCGUACCUCCCACGCUGGUGACUCCUCCUCUUUCCCUGUGGCGGGCCAGUCUCCUUUGGUACAAGGCAAUGACCCCAGAGAGCCUAAAGGGAGAGGAGAAGGAGAAUGACAGAGAUGAUGCAGUGCAGCUUGGCUUUGGCACCUUACAUGGGCGCAAGCCCGGGUGCUUUCUCCAGCAACUCGCAGCCAACCUGACGCCCGUACCAAACUCAACCGCCUGCAGGAAGACAAAGGCCCGCGGCGGCGAAGGCAAGGGAAGGCGAUGGAUGGCCGGAUUAUGGAUGGAUGGGCACCUGCUACCAUCCAGUCUCAAGCACCAAGAGCAAAACCAAGGCAAGGCAAGACAAGGCCCCGACAACGCAACAACGACUACGUAGUACGGCGACAACAGGAAAGGAGCAAGAGACGGGCGCCGCUGGCUGGCGUUGGCGCAGGUGAUGGACAACACACCCCGGGGGGUGCAAGUCAUGGCCACGGGGUGUCGAGUGUUGGUCACCAGGUGGUGACUGACGGUAGCUGAGUGUGGAUGGUGUGUGCGAGACUGCGAGUGUGUGUCUGGAGGACGAGGUAUGUGUGGCUGGGUCGCUGAUACCAAAAAAAGGACUCCCCGGCUGCGAGAGGAGAUGGGAGAAACGGCAAGAGGAAAGG